AUGAGGGAAAUCGUUCACAUCCAGGCGGGCCAGUGUGGAAACCAGAUUGGUGCUAAGUUCUGGGAAGUGAUCAGUGAUGAGCAUGGCGUUGACCCGACAGGGACGUACCAUGGAGACAGUGACUUGCAGCUCGACAGAAUAAAUGUUUAUUAUAAUGAGGCAACAGGCGGUAAAUAUGUGCCACGUGCCGUUCUUGUGGACUUGGAACCAGGCACCAUGGACUCUGUGAGAUCCGGACCCUUUGGACAAAUAUUCAGACCUGACAAUUUUGUGUUUGGUCAGAGCGGUGCUGGUAACAACUGGGCGAAAGGUCAUUAUACUGAGGGAGCUGAGGUGGUUGAUUCUGUCCUGGAUGUUGUACGCAAAGAGUCAGAGAACUGUGACUGCCUGCAAGGGUACCAACUUACACACGCUCUCGGAGGUGGAACCGGCUCAGGAAUGGGAACAUUGCUCAUCAGCAAGAUUCGUGAAGAGUAUCCUGAUAGGAUCAUGAAUACUUUUAGUGUGGUGCCAAGCCCCAAGGUGUCAGACACAGUAGUGGAGCCCUACAACGCCACUCUCUCCAUCCACCAGCUUGUUGAGAACACAGAUGAAACUUAUUGCAUUGACAAUGAGGCACUGUACGACAUCUGCUUCCGCACACUUAAACUGACCACGCCCACUUACGGAGACCUGAACCAUCUUGUGUCCUCUACCAUGAGCGGAGUUACUACCUGCUUGCGCUUCCCAGGCCAGCUCAAUGCUGACCUCCGUAAACUGGCUGUUAAUAUGGUGCCUUUCCCUCGUUUGCACUUCUUCAUGCCUGGCUUCGCUCCCUUGACUAGCAGGGGUAGCCAGCAGUACCGAGCACUCACUGUCCCCGAACUCACCCAGCAAGCGUUCGAUGCCAAAAACAUGAUGGCGGCAUGCGACCCGCGUCAAGGUCGCUACCUCACAGUCGCCACAGUGUUCCGUGGGCGAAUGUCCAUGAAAGAAGUGGACGAGCAGAUGCUCAAUGUCCAAAACAAGAACAGCAGCUACUUUGUCGAAUGGAUUCCCAACAACGUCAAGACAGCCGUAUGUGACAUUCCUCCCCGUGGCCUCAAGAUGGCCGUCACCUUCAUUGGCAACACAACAGCCAUCCAGGAGAUGUUCAAGCGUAUCUCAGAGCAGUUCACGGCCAUGCUGCGUCGUAAGGCCUUUUUGCACUGGUACACGGGUGAAGGUAUGGACGAGAUGGAGUUCACUGAAGCUGAGAGCAACAUGAAUGAUUUGGUAUCCGAGUAUCAGCAGUACCAGGAUGCGACUGCUGAGGAUGAAGGGGAAGGUGAGGAGGAGGCUGAAGAGGACUAA